AUGAACAUCUACAACUAUCCGUGGGCUGAGCCCAGCUGUGCAACCGACCAAGCGGCCUCCCCUCCAUUCCCAGCCCCCAUCAUCUCUUCUGAUCAUAUCUUAUCAGAUCAAAAUUCCAGCUUCGCCAAGUCAGUCUACCCAACCGAAAUCCACGCGGAAUGGCACGGUCAGACGACGAAAAAUGCGCACCACUUGGUUCCAAACCAUGCUGGAAAAGCGGGGUCUGUCUUUCUGUCAGACGGCUACAAUAUCCCCAUCUCAGGCUCACAUCUGCUCCAACUCGACAGUUUCCGCAGCUGCGAUAUCGGAUCUUGGAUAACACACCCAGCCCAUUACGGUGACGACUUCAAGGUGGCUUCGAUAUCAGCUGCAAGUGAAGUCGACGGUCCUGGUACGGCACUCACCAGUCCAAUCCAGGGCCAGAAGAGAAAUGCCUCUCUAGCUGGCUUUGACAGCUCACCGGCGACCGCGAGUGCCGAGUCACCUGAGCAUGGCGAUGAUGUUAACGGCAGAAGGCGACCGGUGAAGAGGGCUUGCAAUGAAUGUCGCCAGCAAAAGUUGCGAUGCGAUGUUAUCCAAGACCCCUUCAGAGAAUGCACACGGUGCAAACGUCUGUCCCUCGACUGCAAGAUUGAGGAUAACUUCAAGCGAGUUGGCAAGAGAUCACGCAAUGCUGAAAUGGAAAGAGAGAUCGUCGAAUUGCGAAAGCAGGUAGCUCAGCAGCAGGUGACAACACAAGCCAAUCGAAAUCUGCACAAUGGUGCUGCGACUCUGUCUCUCCAUGAAAACAUGGGGUCAUUCACCCAUGAAGCCGUCGCUGGACUACUUGAUCUCAAAGGCGGCAACUUCGAUAAAAGCCCUGGCGACCGACAGAUCUUUAAACGUCUGGAAGAUGUGACUCUGACAAAAGACCGAGUCCACGAACUUUUUAAGCGCUUCUUUACUUUCCACCAUCCUUUCCUGCCAUUCCUGAACCCUAACCGGACCCCGGAAGAAUAUGAGACUCGGUCACCCUUAUUGUUCUGGACGAUAAUCACGGUUGGUGCUCGGCAUUAUACUACGGAGGCGAAUCUGUUUUCCGCGCUCUGUGGACCUCUGACACGUCUGGUGUGGUCAACAAUUGCAGACGUUCCGCAGAAUUAUCAUGUUGUAAAGGCACUCAUCUUGCUGUGCGCUUGGCCUGUAGCGACGAGCAGUACUUCGACUGAUCCUACAUUCAUGCUAUGUGGAAUGAUGAUGCAGAUAGCUCUGCAAAUUGGCUUGCACCGUCCUACCCAUGCCCAAGAUUUUACCAAAUUUCGGGUUGAAUUAAGAGAAGUGGAAUUACAGGACCGAGUGGUGGUGUGGACUGUAUGCAACCUUGUGGCUCAGAGGAUAUGCACCGCCUAUGGACAACCUCCACUCACCCAUUACGACUGGACGCUUGGACCCAAACCAAUCGAUACCAAUCCUAACUAUGAGCUACCCGGCCCGAUCUAUAAUCGGCUAUUGAUUGAGAAGUUUGUGGACAAGGUUUCCAGAACUUUAUACAUGAAUCCCCACGAUCCUGUAGGUUUGGCGACUGAUGCAGAGCGGCCUACGUACGUGUCAUUCCUUGCACACGAUCUGAAAGAACUCGAAGAUGUCCUUGAGAAGGACGACUCCCCAAUUACCAAGAUUUAUCUCCGAGCGGCAGGGUUGCACAUGAGGCUGAGUGCAUUCUUCUCUCCUCCUUCGCUGCCGUCAUACCGUGCCGACAUGCUUAAGUUAUAUUAUGCUACAACAGAAUUUCUCGAGGCUUGCUUGAGUCUGGAGUCGAACAGUAGCGUUUCAUUAACGGGAUCAAGUUACGCUCAUGGGCUUGCCCUCAACAAUGCAACCAACUACAUCUUCCACAUGAUGUUGGCAGCAGGCUUUUCGCUUCUUAAACUGAUGCAUAACUUUCUGGACCAGCAUGAGCUAGACGUCCAAGGGGCAUCUAAUCUACUGUCGAGGACAGUGUGGGCAUUACAUACCAUGAGUGUGGUUGAAAAUGACCUUGCCGAAAGGUUGGCAGAAGUGCUGGCACAGGUUUGGAAGACUAGCAAACCUAGUCCUGCCAAUAGCACUGCCAACAAUGAUACGGAUGAUAGCUUACAGCUCAAGGUAAAAUGCCGGAUGUCAAUGUCGUUGGUAUUUGACUCGGUUUGGCGAUGGCGUCGAAAUGCGCAAUUUCGUGAUGGGAAACCAUCUGAUAUGCGAGAUAGAGAUCCAAACUUGCAACAUCUAGACGAUGCAGUAACAAUGCCGUCUGGGGUGAAUGACACCAAUGCCACAACAAAUGAUCCUGUACUUUCAACCCCCGCCAUUGUACCAGGUAUGGCUGGCAUGGCCACCGGGAUGGUGGACGACUUCAGCAUGGAUUAUGGCCAAGCCAGUUAUGAUGUGUUCGAUCCAUUGAACUGGAUGCUUGAUGGAAUCGUGGAUUUCCCUUAUACUUUCAAUAACGUGCAACCGAAUAACAUUUCAGGCAUAGAAGCACUGGGGAAUGGGUUGUAA